AUGACAUAUGACAUAAAUCAGUUUACGACGCAACGUGGAACACGAAAUUUACUUAAAGCCAUGAAGCUAAUCACAAAUUUAAGUGAAAUACCUGAGUUAAAUCAACCAAAUGUUCACAUCAAGAAUAGGGAUGGGCUAUUGGAAAAAAUUAACAGAGUUCUUCGGGAUGGACAUAGCAAGCUUCAAAUUGUUACUGAUUUUGACCACACAUUAACGAGGAAUCAACUGGAUAACGGGAAAACAGUUCUGACAAGUUUUGGUAUGCUUAAAGAUUGUCCAUCCAUACCGCAAUAUUAUAAAGAUGAGGACAACAGGCUGGCCAGCAUUUAUAAACCAAUUGAGGUUGACCAUAUUAUGACAAAGGAAGAGAAAACCAAACAUAUGAUUGACUGGUAUGUUGCGGCUCAUGAGUUGCUUAUAGGUAUGACGUUUCCUCGGGAAGAGCUAAUGGAAAUUAGUCGCAAAAUGGUGGAUUGUUUUAGAAUUGGCGUGGACGAGCUCAUUGCAUGGAGCAAAGCGCACUGCAUUCCUGUUCUAGUCUUCUCUGCUGGACUCGGAGAGUGUGUGGUGGCUGCGCUAGAGGCAGCCAACUUCCUUUUACCUAAUGUCAAGGUGAUAUCUAAUUUCUUGGCCCAAGACGAGAGCGGAACCAUAACGGGCAUUAAGGGUGAAGUGAUCCACACCUACAACAAAAACGAGGCCGCUAUCAAGAACACGGAGUAUUACGACAUGGUGCGAGAGAGAAACAACGUCCUUCUGUUGGGAGACAACAUCGGCGACGCGGCCAUGGCGGAGGGCAUGGACCACUGCGACGUCGUCAUCAAGGUCGGGUUCCUCGGGAGGAACGUGGACGGAAACCUGCAAAACUACCUCAACACCUUCGACAUAGUCCUCGUCAACGACAACACCGUGGACGCCGUGAACGCCAUUUUGAAACUGAUGCUGUGA